AGAUUACAAAUUGAUAUCACCAAGACCAGUCACUCAGAUCUCACAAAGUUUGGAUUUAUCUAAACAGUAUAUGUUUAAUGUGUUUGGAGUUGAUUAUCAUCUUUAUUUAAUACCAUAUACACAACUUAUUUCUCCAGCAUGCAUCACACAGAGGAUAGGUUCAAACAAAACAAAUAUACUGGAACCUUGCACACAAGGGGAGGAGCUAUGUCAUUACCAUGGUUACAUAAAAGAUGAAAACCAAUCAUCAGCAGCAAUAAGUACAUGUGGUGGUCUUCAUGGAAUUAUCAGUUUAGCAGACCAUGAUCUAGUGAUACAACCAGUUCAUGAAAACCAUUUAAAUAUAACCAGUCUUCCUUCACAUCCUCAUGUUAUUUACAGGAGAUCUGUGAGAAAAUCAUCUUGUAAAGAAAUAACAGGUCAGCAGAUUUCCGAUGAUUUAGAUGAGGGAAAUAAUUAUAUACAUAAGAGGUCAGAAAGACAAAAAUACCCAUUGCUCCAUAGACGAAAAAGGUCAGCAGGUCAAUACAUAGAGAUCAAAGCUGUCGUAGCACCUGAUGCUGCCAAGUUUCACGGGGCAGACACAAGAAAAUUUGUAACAACUGUAUUGAAUAUAGCAGCACAGCGAUUUCAAGAUACCAGUCUGGGAUAUAAACUUUUUCUUACAUUAGUGGAGAUACUGAUUUUAGAAGAAGAUAAGUCAAGUCUGCCUAUAGACAAAGAUUCAAAUACUUUGCUGAAAAACUUCUGUCAAUGGCAGAAACAGUAUCAUCCAAUUGAUGACUCCAAUCCAAGACAUGCAGACCAUGUUUUACUAAUCACCAGUACCGAUUUAGAGGAUAAUGGAGAUGACUCUAAUGUUGGUUUGUCAUACAAGGGUGCUAUAUGUUCUAAAGAUAACGGUUGUUCCGUAAAUGAAGACACAGGUUUAGACCUUGGACUCACUAUUGCCCAUGAAUUAGGCCAUAGUUUAGGCAUGAGCCAUGAUGGAUUAGUUGGUUGCCGAGAUAAUGUUUACAUCAUGUCUACCAAUGGUGCUGGUGGUCUGAAAUGGUCCAAAUGUAGUGCAAAAUCUUUAGAAGAUUUAAUGAGUUCAUCUACUCAAAGUAGCUGUUUGAAUGAUGCCCCUGCAAGUACUGCCACAAACCUGCACAACAUUGGGGAAAAACCAGGGAUGCUUUACUCCGCUAACAAGCAAUGCCAGCUAGCUUUGAGUUUUAAGGAGAGUGCAUAUUGUUACAGUCAGGUUGACUGUCAUACUCUGAAGUGUCUGAACAGAAACAAAGAAUGUGUAAGUUAUAGCUCACCUCUGGUAGAUGGUACAGAAUGUGGAAACAGAAAGUGGUGUUUAGAUGGUCAGUGUGUUGCCAUGGGAUCAGGGUCUCCUGGACCUAUCAAAGGUGGAUGGUCAUCCUGGUCUAACGAAUGGACAGUUUGUUCCAGAACAUGUGGAGGUGGUGUCAAAACAAGAACUAGAAAAUGUAACAAUCCUGAACCAAGGUAUGGAGGUAGAGAUUGUCAAGGUGAAGGGAUAAUGGCCAUGCUGUGUAAUGUACAGACAUGUCAGACAAGUCAGUAUAAAUUAAAAGAAGAACAAUGUGCUGCCACAGACAGUGUGUCGUACAAACAUCACAUGUACCAUUGGUUACCAUAUGCUUCCUCAUCAGCAGACCAUGCCUGUCAAUUGUUGUGUCGAUAUGCUGGUGGCCAUAUUGCUGUUCCAAGAGGAAGUACAAUAUACCAGGAUGGAACAGAAUGUGAAGGUCAAUCUGAAUUAGGAAGAUGUAUAAAUGGGAAGUGUGAGGAGUUUGGAUGUGACGGACAUCACAAAUCAGGCCUACAAUUUGACAAAUGUGGAGUGUGUAACGGUGGAGGGAAUACUUGUCAGGGACACAGAGGUCAUUAUAAAGAAGGAAUAGCUAAUAAAUAUGUUACAUUUGUAACUGUACCAAAAGGAGCUACAGGCAUUGUUAUCACAAAUUUAAACCAGUUCUGCCACUUAAGUGUACAAGUUAAUGGAAAAAGACUUUUCAGUAAGAAUGGAAACUCUCAAUCUAGUUCAGGGACAUAUUCAGGCAGUGGUGUUGUUGCAAAGUACAGACGACAAGGUCCAGAAAAGAUAGAAAUAAAUGGCCCAUUACCAGCUAAUGUUGAGGCACAGGUCUGGAGAGAUUAUGGAUCAGAUUAUGUAGGAACUAGUCCAGAUGUAACCUAUACAUACCACACCCCAUCUGGUGGUUCACAGUCUGCUUAUAAAUGGGUUAAAACACCAGGAUCCUGUAGUCAGACUUGUGGGCAUGGACAUUCAAUACCAGUGGUAAAUUGUGUACAGGUUAACAGUAACCAGCCAACUGAUGACUUCCAUUGUAAUUUAUUCAGUAAGCCUUCUGAAUCACCAGAAGCUUGUAAUGGCAAUCCUUGUCCUCCUGGUUGGUCUGCAGGUAAUUGGGAAUCUUGUUCAAGAACAUGUGGAGGUGGUAUUACACACCGUACAGUUCAUUGUGCAGUCUUACAACAUGGAAGCCACACUCCUGUAGCAGAAAGUCACUGUAGAGGACAAAAAAAACCACAGACAUCCAAAUCCUGUAAUAUAACACCUUGUCCUGGGGUAUGGAAGGCUGCAGAUUGGUCUUGUUGCUCAAAAACUUGCAGUAAAGGUGUAAAAACAAGACAGGUCAAAUGUUAUGCAUCACAUGACUCCAGUCAGCCAAUAGAAGACAGUAACUGUGUAGCAGAUCAGAAACCAGGAGAACAAGAAAUGUGUAUGGCCAAACCAUGUGACUCAAGUCUAAGUGGAUCAUCCUGUACAGAUAAGUUAGCUGACUGUCCAGACUAUAAGUCAUACGUGUGUACUGAUAAAUCUUAUGAUGGCUGGUCUAAUACUAAUUGUAAAGAGUUUUGUGGUUACUGUGUAAAAGAUCCUGAUAAUUUUAAGCCUCCACCAUCAGAGAACUGUAAAGAUUCAGCUGAUUGUUCUGCAUAUGGUGACGAUGUCUGUACAACAUAUGCUGAAUGGUCUAAACAUAAUUGUCAAAAAACUUGUAAUCUGUGCCCAGUGGAAGUUUGUUCAGAUACCAACUCAGUUGCAGCACCUGCUACAACAGUUUCUAGAAGUACAUGUACAGAUGUUAUAACUGACUGUGCUGAUUAUGGGGAUGAUGUUUGUACAGCUUAUGGGCCCUGGGCUAAAAAGAAUUGUCAGAAACAUUGUAACUUUUGUAAAGAAACACAGGCUCUGCAUACUACUUCAGCACAGUCAACAGAAGCAUGUGCAGACAAGAUCUCAGACUGUGCAGAAUAUGGGGCCGAUGUAUGUACAGCUUAUGGAGAAUGGGCCAAAACAAAUUGCCAGAAACAUUGUGGCUUUUGUCAAGAAACAUGUAAAGACAAGUUGACAGAUUGUGCAGAUUAUGGGAAAAGUUCCUGUACAGACUAUGGAGAUUGGGCAAAAGAGAAUUGUCAGAACUUUUGUGGUUUUUGUGGAGCCAGAAAAAAACGUUCAGUUUUGCCAACAAGGGAAGAUGAACCGAUACCUAUAGCAAUACAAGGAGGUUCUUGGCUCAAACAGGAUGAGCGGGUUGAACAUAAUACACAUUACUUAGACAAGACCCAAAGAGUUCAAAAACAACCAGCUGCUGAAGACAGUAAAACACCCAUCAAAAAUGCUAGAGGACAAGAGAAUGACAGGAAUUUAUCUGAGAAAUCAAACUCACUAGAACUGGCGUAUCAAAUUCCUACUAAGAUUGUUCCUGAUAAAGAACAUAUGUCCCAAGGCAUGGUCACUUCUAGUAUAUUAAUUCCAGUAAAGAGUCCUGCUAAAAAGACCUUACCCAAGUCCAGAGAACAUUUGUCAGUCCCUCAGAAAUCAUUCAUUAGAAAAGAAGAGCCAAUUAGUUUUGACAAGCCUGAUAAAUACCAAGAAAAACAGGAUAUUGGUAUGAUUGAAGAUGAACUCAAGCCCUAUAUUGUAUCACACAAGUCUUUGACAGGUAAUGGGAAUACUAAAACAGUGGGUACUGGCAAUACAGCAGAAUUAGAAUCAACACAGGAGAAUAAUCGUCAAAUAGGCCAUUCUGACUAUGAACAGCAAAUGAAAAAUUUUGUUGUUAAAUAUUCAACACAACUGGAUCAAAAUGAUAAACUUAAGAUGCAAGAAUCUGACGUCACAAAAUCUAAAAGUGAAAACACUAGAAUUUUUUCAGAAGGAAGUCAAAUGGUUACAAAUAAGGCUUUGAUUCUAGAUGAUCACAUGGAAUAUGAGGUGCCGAAUACCAACCAUAAACAUGAGUUAUAUAGAACAUCUACACCUGACAUCUUGUACGCUAAAUCUUCAGAGAUAUCAACAAUUGAGCCUUCUGUGGAAGAACAAAGAAUUGAAAGAGGACAUCAUUGGAAGAAGAUUCCUGUUACACCUCUCCAGAUUGAGGUUGAAAAUGAGGCUGGUAACAACAGUGAUGAGUUUGACAAAGAACUUCAAGUGUUGACAAAACUGGAUACAAAUCAACCAAUAAAAAAUAUGUAAAGAGUGAAGAACCCAGUAGAUGCCUUAUGAAUGAUGAACUGCAAAAUAUUAUUGUUUGUUUAAAAACAAAAUAUGUGAACUAAUUCUACAGCUUGCUUUUAUUAUUCAUUUUCUAACAAAAGUUCCUUGUCGGUUGCUAAUCAAUCAAUAAAUUAUUAUGAUUUAAAUGUUAUUCUAAUUUGCAAUCAUUUAAUUUGUGCUUUCAAUCAUUAAAAUGUCAUUUUGGAUUUGACUUAAUGUGCACCCCUGCCCAAAAAUUGUCACAUCCAGUUUCUGUCUAAUUUUUUUUUUUUUCGACAUUGAGGUGAACAUUGACAAAACAGUGUUUCUUUGUGAUCAUUUAAUUAUUACCUUAUAGUUACAGCAACCCAUCCAUGUUGACUGAAAGUAAAUGUGACUUCUUCGUCUUUGCUCUUGAAACAUUAAUGGCAAGCCAGGUCUACCAAAAUAUCUGCUUUUACAGAUUUCUGACAAAACAGUCACUUUAAGUUUUUACUAAUCAGAAUUUAUCUGGCCAUAUAAUACUUCCUUGUGUGUCUAAAAUACCUAUGCAUGCAUUUAGAAUAAUAGUAAAUACCUACAGCUUAUACUAUUAAUGUAGUGGCCAUCAAAAUGACUCCCACCUGAUUUUAGCUACUUUUCACAGUUUUCCUAUUUUUAUCUCCGAGAAGGGCAUUAAGGUUGUCAUAUUUUAAUAUCAACACAUCUAAAAAGGGUUUAUGGACCAAGAAUUGCCAGAUUGAACUCCCUGCAGCCAUUACAAUUUGGAUGGUGCAGUUGAAAAAAAGUAUGAUUGCCAUAUAGGUUAUAGAGGAAUGGCUGUCGAAUCAUGAGUACAGAUGGGAUUGAAGGUUAAUGGGUUAAAAGUAAUGAAAUGAAAUAACUAAGUUUCCAUUUAUACAUUAAAUAAGUUCAACAAAUUUUUGUCAGAAUUUUAGUUUGUUAAUCAAAAUUAAACUCAAAAUCACCAAAUUUAUGUUGUAACAUCAGGCUUAAAUCUACACAUUUAUACACAGUCUUUUCAUGAAUCAUUUUUAUGAAUUAAAUAAUUCUAAUAGUAGUUAAUGUCUCAUAGAUAUACUUUGUAAAUUAUAAAAAAAAUCUGAAUAAAAUGACUUGCA